CGACGCGCAGCACGGCGCGCCGCUCACCGCCGUGGCCCCCGCGCCCUCCGCCGCGGCCCCCGCGGCCGACCGCCACCCCUCCCCGCCGCGGGCCGCCGCCGAGGGCGACGCCCUGGUUUCGGCCCUGGGCCAGCACCUGGAGCUGUCCGCGCGGCUGCUGCAGCUGCGCGCGGGGGACCUUCUGGAGGCGCAGGAGCUGUGCCGCAAGCUGGAGUGCAGCGCCGCGGGGCUCUCCGAGCACGUCGGCCCUGGCUGGAAGGAGUGCUCGACCGGCUCGACGAAGGACCCGGCGGAGGACGGCCUGCGAGGGCGCAGGGACCUCAAGGAAUCCCUGACCAGUGAGAGCUUCAACUCCAGGGUGAGGUUCAGCACAGAGUUCGUGCUACCCGUCCACCCGGAGCGCGCGUUGUCGGUGUCGUCGGCGUCGGCAGAGGACGCCGAAGAGUUCAUGUCGCAGCUGGAGCAGCUUGAUGUGCUCGACGAGGUCAUAACUCCGAGCAUCCCUCGCAGGAGCCCGUCAGAGUGGGUGGAG